AGCAAGAAAAUCAAUAAAGUAGGGAACUUUUAGGGUAUCUUUUCUACGUCGGAACGUUCGUUGUAAAGCGGCUGCAUCAAACGACCCACCCUCAGUAGUAUAGUUUGUUGACUCCAUGGCACAACCCACAAAGAGCUCCGUAAAAAUGUGGCCGACAUGGGUCGCUUUGGUUCUGCUGAUCUUGUCCACCGAAAGGCAGAUACAAUCCGCCACAUUCACGGUAACAUCCCAGGUGUACUUGGACGUAUCGAUUGAUGGCGAGCAGAUUGGACGCAUCAUCAUCGGCCUGUUUGGUACUGAGGCCCCAAAAACGGUGGCCAAUUUUCGGCAACUUUGCACCGAUGGAGUAGAGGGAUUUACGUACAAAGGAAGUCGAUUUCACCGCGUGAUUCCCAAGUUUAUGAUCCAAGGUGGAGAUGUCGUAUCGGGUGAUGGUCACGGUGCAAUCAGCAUCUACGGGCAGUACUUUGAGGAUGAGAAUCUGAACAUCAACCACACGUGUUCGGGCUUCAUAGCGAUGGCCAACCGAGGGCCAGACACCAAUGGAUGCCAGUUUUAUAUCACGACGAUGCCCACGCCCUGGCUCGACGGGAAGCAUACCAUUUUCGGAAAGGUAUUGGAUGGCCAUGGAGUGGUACACAAAGUGGAACAGACCAAAACAGAUACGGACGACUAUCCGGUGAAACCGGUCAUCAUCGAUGAUUGUGGUGACCAUCCAAUGGGAGGAGAGUUUACAAUUUCCGAUGAUCCGUACGAUUUGUGGGCAUGGAUUAAGGCAGCCUAUUUGCCCCUCGGGAUGUCCUUUUCCAUUUUGGCCUUCUUCCAGUACAUCAUCCGAAAGCUGGACUCUUACACGAACGUCGAUGAAGUUCAAGACGAGCCGGUGCCAAAAAUUGCUGCCAAAAUCGAUUAAUAAGUCCCCACUAUCGAAUAAAACAUACUUCGCUUGGUGAGCGCGAGCU